AUGGCUGAUUCAUCAGUACCCCCACAGUCACCGGGGAAAGCUUCCUCGGCAAACGCUGCUGCUACCUCGCCAAAGGCAGAGCCCACGUCUCCGAAAGCUGAGACUGCCUCGCCAAGGGCCGAAGCCGCGUCUCCUAGGGCUGGCACUGCGUCGCCCAGGUCGCCAGGCUCACCUCAGGCCGUGACGGAACAAGCGACCCGACCUGAACCUCAGCAAACUCAUAUUGAGGUUGAUGAAGGUUUCUCUGAUAACGUGUCCAUCCCGGAAUCACAAUUAUCAAUUUCCGGAUACACCGCAUCGGUUUCAUCGAGCGUGCUUGACUACCCGACCGAGAACGGCCGGCGCUACCACGCGUUCCGUCAUGGCACUUACUAUGGUCCCAACGAUGAGGAUGAGCUUGACCGUCUCGACUUCAACUCCAGCUUCCUCAUCAAGUUGACCGAGAACAAGCUGUACCAUGCUCCUCUUCAAGAAGACAAGGUGCACCGGAUCUUAGAUGUUGGCACAGGCACCGGCAUCUGGGCUGUGGAGGUUUCGGAGUUAUUCCCCAACGCUGAGGUCAUUGGAAAUGAUUUGAGCCCUGUUCAGACUACCUGGGUGCCCCCGAAUGUCAAAUUCGAGGUCGACGACGUCGAGAGCACUUGGGUCGCGCCGAAAUACGACUUCAUCUAUUCUCGAUUUAUGGCAGGGGCUAUUGCCGACUGGCCCAAGCUCGUCAAAAACACUUUCGCAAACACGAACCCUGGCGGCUGGGUCGAGUUCCAGGAUUGGGAUCUUCUAUAUCAUUCGGACGAUGAUUCCAUCAACGAUGACCAUUAUUCUAUGAAGAUGGAUAAGAUGUUUAUGGAGUGCUCUAGGAAGGUGGGCCGUGACCCGCAGCCUGGACCUCAGCUCGAACAGUGGAUGCGAGACGCUGGGUUCGUGAACAUCCAUCACAAGAAGAUCAAAGCACCCCUUGGAACAUGGCCUAAGGACCCUGUUAUCAGGGAGCUGGGCCACAUGAACAUGGUUCAAACUCUCGAUGGACUGGAGGCCUAUAACUUAAGGCUGUAUACGUCAGUCUUGGGGUGGACGAAAGAGGAGGCGCAGAUCUUGUUUGCGCACGUCCGCAAUGAGAUGAGGACGAAUACGUUCCAUGCGUACAUCAACUACCACGUGGUCUACGGCCAAGUACCUGAGGCGACCAAGUAA